ACAGUUUCACAAGCACCGGCCUGAAUAUCUCGGUUGAAAUCAACGAUCUGAUUGACAUCCAGUGCCCACAAACAGAGAAUACGACCGAAGGCCGAUUAAAAGCGCAAUACCUCAAGUUUAUGCAAGUCUCGUAUCAGGGCUACGAACAGUGUUCGCUGUCAGCCAGAAACCGCCAUCUCUUGUCCUGUAACCGUCCCUACGUCCAAAAUAGGCUCACGUUACUGUUCCAAGAGCACACGCCCUAUCCACGAGGUCCGACGUUUAGACACGGCGAAGAAUACUAUUUUAUCACAACUUCAAAUGGUUCAGCAAAUGGUAUUGAUAAUUCAAGAGGAGGUUUAUGUGAAUCGCAUUACAUGAAGUUAAGAGUUUACGUCAAACCUAAACCAACAGCUUCACCCACCACCGGCGGUCCACCGACCACGCCCUCAAACUCGUCAACUCCACCCGACAUUUCACGAGCCGCCACGAGUAUGACGAGCAGAACAACGACGAGAGCGACAACAACUUUACGCACCACCUCCUUACCACCAACAACGACAAGAAGAACAACACGGUAUACGACUGGAGGAAAGAUCAAAUCGACCGAAGAAGGGAACAAUAUCCCAGAUAACAUGACGCGGGGAGCAGCGAACAGAAGACACGUUUCCACGACCCUUCUCCUAGCGUCGUUGCUCGUCGCGGUCGUCAGAUGGCUCCAUCCGUGACCUUUGACAUGUGACGUCUCGUACUUGUGAACUGUUUUUUUCUAAUUUAAGAAACUGUAGUGUGUACUUCGUGCCUGUAGAGAAGAGAAAAGAGGGAAUUGUCGAAGCCGAGCCGUCGACCUUUAACAAGAGAUGCAUUCUGGGGAGUUGGGAGUCUCCACUCCCGAGAGAUCCGUGGUUUCUCUUCAUAAAUCUAACCCCCCCCCCUCCCUUCUCCUGUUCAGUCUAACAAACAAAUUUGUAUAGCUGUUGGAAGAAAAAACAAAAUUAAUUUAUGGGCAACCCAACCUUGUAAUGAGAUCAUUUGUAUGAAAGCUAAAAAAACAAAGAGAAAAAGAAUGGCGAAAGUUUGAAAUAAAUCUGAUUAGACAUAAACAGUUUGGAAUAAAAAAAUCAUUGAAUCUGGGUGUAUCUCAAAUUGGCAAUUUAGGCAGUGGAUUGUGAUGUUGUCAUAUGAACAAGUCUUCUCUUUGUCAUGUACAACAUUUUGCUAAUUUCUAUUUAUCUCCUAAGCGCCUUCUCCCUUCAUUAAACAAUCUGAAAAUGGAUACCUUGCUUCGUAUGUACUUACAAAAA